AGGUCAUUUCUCCGGGAUCUGGUGGAGAGUUUGGGAUUCUGCUUUAUUUCAGGGAACCCUCGUUGGCCUGGCCAUAGGUGAAAAUGGUGCAAAGAAAGUUGAUUGUUGGUAUUUUCUCAAGAGAAGAUAAGAGUAAUUACAACUGGCUGGUUCGUUUUCUUCUGACUAUUGGGGCGGUGAGGGAUGUCCGCCCCGUCUAUAUCAGCAACAACUUUCUGCCGUUCAUAGAAGAGGCUUCCAAGUGCACCUUUGCCAUCCUCUACCACUCAAAGACCCGCGGGAGAGUCAAUGUCACCGAUGUCACAGACUCUCUGUAUGAUGAGGAGCUGAAACAUCUCAGUAACCUAUAUGGAAAGACUAAGGUCCUGGUUGUGAUUGAUGAUCUGGAGGACAGUGAUGGGGACAAGAAGAUCCAGAUCCUCACCAACCAGCCACUGAUCCGACACCUGGCCCAGGACCUGUUCCUCUUCAGUGUGGAAGACAAAGCAUUCCUGAACAGUCCUCUGAGAGACACAAGUCAGGGCCAGCCUGACCUUCAGGAGAAGCUGGAUUGCAUGAAAAAAAUAAUCAAAGGACAGAACACCCAGCCUCAGGGAUAUCUAGCUAUAAAUCAUCAGCAUAACCAAGACACCAUGGAGAGAGCAGCGGAACGGCGGCAACCCCAAACUAGAAGAUAUAUGGUGUUUGCAACUAUUUUAUUUAAUUCAUUAUUUUAA